GCGCUUGGUGCCCGGGCAGCGACUCGUCGUCUGCUACAAUGACGACCCCGUCAACCACGAGCGGGUCCUCUUCUUCUCGAGCCUGCUUCCCCGCACGUGGGCGGCCCGCACGCCAGACGACGAAUAUGAGGAGGACUUCGCGGGCGCGGCGGAUCCAGCCUCGGGCCCCGAGGGAGCUGCGCUGAUGCCGGCGGACGGCAGCGCCCCGCCAGGCUGGCCGCGACCGAUCUAUCGCUUCAGGGCGCCAGUGACGCGUGCCGAGCUGCGGGCCGCCGUCGAGCGCGGCCGCGCCCUGGUCGAGGCACGUCUCCUUGGGAUCGCUCCGGCGGAGCCGCUGGAGGUGGCGACAGCCGACGGCGAACUCCCGGCCUGGGCCGACUUCUUCGGCCGCGAGCCGCGCCCUGGAGCGCACCGGCUGCGUGGCAAGCAGCCCCCCGCGCCGCUGGCGGACGACCGCAUCUGGGUCGCGGCCGAGCCGACCGCGAGCGCCUCCGUCGGCACCGCGGUGGAUCGCUCCGACGCGCGCUUCGUGCUGGGGACUGCGCUGAUGGCUUUGUUUGCAUUCGGUGAGGGCCUGCGCCGAGUGGAGACGCUGCUGGCGGAGGACCUGCCGGGCUACGCGGCGCGGCGUCGCGGCGCGAUGGGGCUGAGCGGAGACCUGCGCGUCCUCGAGGUGGAUUUCGACCCGCAGGGGGAGAGGUUCCAGUCCUUCAGGACGGCGCGCCGCGAGUCGACCCAGAGGGUCUUCCCCGACCAGCCGAUAGAGGGCCCCGCGUCAGUUUUGACGGUCUGCAAGAAUCUGAACAUGGAGCGCGCGAAUGGGGGCCCGAGGCGUUGCGUGACAUCCUCGUACUGGGCCGCCGUGUACGACCAGGUGAACCUGGGAGGCUUCCUGCGUCUUGAGAUGGCAGCGCGCCGCGUGGCGGGCCUGGUGGCGGUGCGCUCUGAGCCCGCCAAGCCCGUCAGGAGGCGCGCGCGGCUCUACGCGGGCAAGGGGCCAUGGGAGCUGUCCCCGCUGCCUCGCUGGCGCCUGUCGAAUCUGCCUAGCGACGACUCCAUCCGGGGUCGAGCCCUCUGGCGGCGCGAGCGGCUGGCGCUGGGGGUGGGCAGCGAGGCGGCGGGCGCACUGAACCGGCUCGCGGGCUGUCGGAUGGGGCCGACAUACUUCGACCCCGACCCGAUGCAGCUUGUAGUUUUGGAGCGGAUCUGCGAGCUGGUCCAGCGAUUCCUGAAGGAGCGCCCCGGGCGCAUGCUGCGCGACGGAACCCCGACACCCACUGUGGCGCCGUACUUCGACCCGGCGCUGAAGCGGAGCGCCGAGACAUAUCGACAUGUCGUCGCUGACCUGCGGCGCCGUGGCCUGCUGAAGUGGACGCCCCGCCCCCGCCGUCAGGUGGGGCUCUUUCUCGUGGAGAAGGACGGCGGGGAGCGGCUGCGCCUGAUCCUGGACGCGCGGCCUGCUGUCGAGCUCUUUGAGGCCCCGCCUGGCGUGGAGCUCUUCAGCGAGGAGGGCCUCGGCCGAGCGGGGUUCGCCUCGCCCGAGGGCGUGGGCCCCCGGGGCCCAGAGGCGGAGCAGCUCCUGCAGGGCUGCAACUUCUACUUGGUCCCCGCCGUCGCCCUGGGCGUCGAGGGCCAGCUCUGGGAGGGCCGCCCGCUGGAGCGGCAUGACCUGGCGAGCCCCUGCCGGGGGGUCUCCCCGAUGGGCCUCACCUGGAGCCCGCGGGCCGCGCAGCGCAUCGACGAGGGCAAGGUGAUGGAGAUUUGCCGCCGUCUGGCGCAGAGCCCUCUGGCUGACCGAGGCAGGCCGCCCGUCUUUGGCCCGGCGGGCCCUGCCGGCCACGCGGCCCGCUACGUCUACGCGGGCAACUUUGGCGUCGCCUCUACCUCGGAGCCCUUGGUCUCCGACGCCGUGCAGCAGCUCGUCCGCGGCUUCGACGAGCAGGGCUUGCUCCUCCACGGCAGCUCCGUGAGCCUGGAGGCCGAUGCCCUAGGCGCCGAGGCGACCAGCGGGCUGCUUCGCAGACGUCGUCUGACGGGCUGGGCCGUGGAGGUCCUUGUGGGCCACUGCGCUUACGCUGGACUGCUGGCACGCGGCGCCCUCGGCGUCUUCCACGCGGUCUACGCCUUCAUGGGGAAGUUCUACUCCGCACCUGCGACGCUCUGGCCAGAGACCCGCAUGGAGCUGGAGGUGUUCCGAGGCUUGCUGAUAUUCCUGGAGAGCGACUGGGCGCUGCAGUGGGACGAGCUGGCGGCGGCCACGGACAGCAGCUCGGAGGCGGGGGCGGCGCCCGCCACCCGUCGCUGCUGGGCCGCUGGCGGCGAGUGGCGGCUGGCAGACAUGGGCGACGACGCGGAGCUGGCCGCUGCUUGGGGGGCCGACCCAGGCUGCCCAGAGGUGCCCGCGGCGGGGCUCGCGAGCAGCCGCCGGCGCGCGAAGCAGGUGCAGCGCUGGAGGCUCGAGGAGGGCAUCCUCAUCAAUGAUGCCGGAGCGCCGGCGAUGGGCGCCCGUCGAGUCGCCGAGUCAGUGUUCGGGGCCGCCUGCCGCCAACUGAUUCUGCCGGAUAACAGGCGCCAGCUGGAGCGGCCGGCGCAGGCGCCGCUCGGGGCGAGGCCCCCGCAGCUGCCGCGGUCCGCUCCGACGAGCGCAGGGCUGGCCCCAGCGCCGCGCCACCAGAAGACAUUGUCGGCGGCCCAGCGGUCGCCGGACUGGAAGGACUGGCAGCGCCAGAUCGCGGCCGACAGCGACGGCGACAGCAGCGCCUCCGACGAGCAGCAGGCCGCGCAGGACGGCGACAGGCGCGAGAAGGAGCUGCUGAGGUGGUGCGGUCUGGAGCUGGACUCCUUCUUGGAGUUCUGCGACGCGGAGCCGCGCCGCCCGCUGCGUUCGCCCGCGCAGGUGGACGACGCCCUCGUGGAGCACAUGGACGCGCCGUUCUUCAGUGGCCACGACUCGUCGAAGGGCGACCAGGUAAUGGCGGGCCUGAUGUACAGGUUCCCAGAGUACUCGAAGCAAGGCGAGUCCAAGACGCUGCGAGCCUGGCGUUGCCUCCGGGGCUGGCGCAAGCUGGCGCCGGGGCGGGGCCGCCUAGCCUGGCCGCUGGCCCUCUGGCGCGGGCUGGCUUGGCGCAUGGUGGCGCGCGGGGCGCUGCAGAUGGCCAUCCUCCUGCUCGCCAUGGUCUCGGGCUAUUUCCGACCCAGCCGCCUGCUCUCUUUGACGCGCGGCAACAUCAUCGCGCCGGCGCCAGGAGCGCGCCGCUGGCGGUCGCUGGUCCUCUACCCAGAUAACAAGCCGCUGCGCAGCAAGACGGGUCUGGUCGACGUCGGAGUGAUGCUGGACAUCGGCUGUUUUCAGUGCGCCACGCCCAUCUUCCGCGAGCUCGGGCAAACGGCUCCAGAGGUAAGGGUGUGGGACUUCAGUUGCCUUCAGUUCCUGAAGAUGUUUCGGAUGCCGCUGCAGGACACUUUAAAGCUGGAUAAGGGUUUCCGCAGUUUGGGCGGCAUUUGCUCGGCCUCAGGAAGACCGCGCGUCGUGCUCGAGGGCAGGGCCCCGUCCGGGGCCGCGUGGACUUUCUCUGCCGCGUCCCACCCGGCAGAAUUAGCUGACUGCGUGGUGAACUGUUUGCUUAGCCGCCACAGGGACCUCGAG